CUCCGCUGCAGCGCGCAUCGUUCACCGGCCGGUAUUCGCUCCAACGGACUCCGCCGUGACGCCGGACUGCCCGACAUGUUGGCCGGCAUCGCCAAGCAGCUCAAGAACCAUCCAGCUCUCAUCCCCCUCUUCUUCUUCAUCGGUGGCGGGGGCGCCAUGAGCAUGCUGUACUUGGGUCGUCUGGCUCUGAGAAACCCUGCUGUCUCAUGGGAUCACAAGAACAACCCUGAGCCCUGGAACAACAUGCCGCCCGAUCAUCAGUACAAACUCUUCUCAAUUAACACUGACUACUCCAAGCUGAAGAAGGAAGGGCCUGAUUUCUAAGUCGCCGUGUCUUCGCGCCUCCGUCUCUGAUAUUGUCGUCAGUGUGGGGAGCCUCUGCACCUUUUGUCAAAUAGAAAACAAACUCCUGAAAUUGAAUGACAUGCUGCACUCAUUCAGUCAAAUCAUUUCCAAUGUGAAGGGGGAAAGGGAUCAUUCACUUAUCAGUGACUGUAUGAAUAAAAGAGGCAGCCACCUGUUUUGACUAAUUAAAGUAUUUAUCUUUGA